CGAAACAAAACGAAAACACACACACAGAUUGAGACGAAGGAGGAGGAGGAGGAGAAGAAGAAGAGAGAGAGUGAAGACCAUCAUGCAUCUGAUCAAUGCGGUCGCCGUCGUUCGAAUGGCUGCGAGGAACACGGGGAUAGAAUUGCAAUCGGAAAUAGAGUUUGGAACGGUGUGGUGGUAUGUAUACGCUGGAAUCUCAUGCUUUCUCGUCCUAUUCGCCGGUAUUAUGUCAGGCCUCACUUUGGGGUUGAUGUCUUUGGGCCUUGUCGAUCUUGAAAUCCUCCAGCGCAGUGGCACUCCCGCCGAGAAAAAACAAGCAGCUGCCAUCUUUCCAGUUGUUCAGAAGCAACACCAGCUUCUUGUGACUUUGCUUCUAUGUAAUGCUGCCGCCAUGGAGGCCCUGCCUAUUUAUCUGGAUAAGAUUUUCAAUCAGGUUGUUGCCAUCUUGCUCUCUGUAACAUUCGUUCUAUUUUUUGGAGAGGUCAUUCCCCAAGCAAUAUGUACUAGAUUUGGACUGGCUGUAGGUGCAAAUUUCGUUUGGCUCGUGCGUAUUUUGAUGAUUGUUUGCUAUCCAAUUGCCUAUCCUAUUGGAAAGAUUCUUGACUGGGUAUUGGGACAUAAUGAAGCACUAUUUAGACGAGCUCAGUUGAAAGCCCUUGUCUCCAUCCACGGCCAGGAGGCUGGCAAGGGAGGUGAACUCACUCAUGAUGAGACGACAAUUAUAAGUGGAGCCCUAGAUUUGACUGAGAAGACAGCUGAGGAGGCUAUGACACCAAUUGAGUCAACAUUUUCCUUGGAUGUCAAUUCCAAAUUGGACUGGGAGGCAAUGGGGAAAAUUCUUGCUCGGGGUCAUAGCCGAGUUCCUGUGUAUGCCGGAAAUCCAAAGAACAUUAUUGGACUUUUGCUGGUAAAAAGUCUACUUACUGUACGAGCAGAAACGGAGACCCCUGUCAGUGCUAUUUCUAUCCGGAGAAUUCCACGGGUUCCUGCAGAUAUGCCUCUGUAUGACAUAUUGAAUGAAUUUCAAAAGGGUAGCAGUCAUAUGGCAGCUGUGGUGAAGGCUAAAGGCAAAAGUAAGCCCCCUCCAUCAGUUGUUGAUGAAGAAAAACCUGAAGAGAACAAAGUCAGUAGUGGGGAUUCUCAGCUAACUACUCCUUUGUUAUCCAAGCCGAGUGAGAAGCCAGAAACCAUUGUCGUUGAUAUUGAGAGGGCUCCAAGGCCUGUCAGCCUGAGCAGACAAACCUCUUCUCAACAAAAUGAUGCAGUGACAAUUCUUUUGUCAGAGGAGAUUGAAGAUGGUGAAGUGAUUGGUAUCAUCACCUUAGAAGAUGUAUUUGAAGAACUUCUACAGGAGGAGAUUGUAGAUGAGACAGAUGAAUUUGUUGAUGUACAUAGAAGGAUACGUGUGGUUGCAGCAGCAGCUGCUUCGUCGGUGGCACGUGCUCCAUCAGUACGGAGGUUAACUGGCCACAAGGGAGCUGGAGGCCAGAGUAAGCAUGGGCAGAGCCCCAAAUAAAUCUGGUGAGGAUGAUUCUCCUUCAACAAGGUUACAUGGAAAAUCUUGAUGAUCCCCAGAAGGGGAACAAGAGAUAAUCAUAUCCCGACUCGCGAAAUCCGAUGCUUUUGAGAGUGGUAUUGUAUUUUUGGCCAAGAGAAGAAUAAAAUCCUGUGCAAUAUGGUGUAAUAAUUUUUGUUUUUGGCAGAUAACUAUUAUAUAUUUGUCUGUCAAAUAAUCAAAUAGAGGUAUCGAAAACUUAAUUUUUUAUGAUUGUUAC